CCGGCGCCCAGCAGGCCUGUGGUUGCCUCGGUGAUGUCGUGGGUUCAAAGGGCUCCCUUGGUCGGGGGUCCCGGAGAGGAGGGGGACGUAUUUGACGAGGAAGCGGACGAGUCGCUCCUGGUGCAGAGGGAAUGGUGGAGCCACAUGCAGAGACGAGUCAAAGAGGGUUAUAGAGAUGGAAUAGAUGCUGGCAAAGCAGUUACUCUUCAACAAGGCUUCAAUCAAGGUUAUAAGGAAGGUGCAGAAAUCAUUAUCAACUAUGGACAACUCAGAGGAACAUUGAGUGCUUUGCUGUCCUGGUGUCACCUUCAUGAUAAUGGUUCGGCUUUGAUCAGUAAAAUAAAUAAUCUUCUGGAUGCAGUUGGCCAGUGUGAAGAGUAUGUGCUCAAACAUCUAAAAUCAAUCACUUCUCAGCCCCAUGUUGUUGAUUUACUGGACUCUAUUCAGGAUAUGGACCUUUGUCAUGUAGCUCCAGCGGAGAAAAAGACAGAUGAAGCUAAAGAUGAAAGACUCUGUGAAAAUAAUGCUGAGCUUCACAAAAACUGUAGCAAGAGUCUUAGUGAGGCAGAUUGUUCAUCUUUGGAAUGUUGUAGAAUACAGCAGCAUGCACAUUCUGAAAACCCGAGCCUCACUUGGAUUUUAGAACAGACAGCCGGUUUAGUAAAACAGUUGGGAAUAUCACUUGACAUAUUACAGCACCUCAAACAACUUUAAAAAUUCUCUUCACUUUUCUAAUGAAAGUAAUGUUCAUAACAUUUCUUAGAACAUUUUGUUUCUUAACAAACUAACCAAAAUUUGUACCAGUUUCUAUGUUGAACACAUCACUUGUAGGUUAUCCUUCAUGGAAAUUUGCAAUAUUUUCAAAAUUAACACUACUCAAUGUAAUAAGAGCUUUUUUUCUUUGUCACUGGUAAUUUUUAUGUCAUUUAAGAUACGCUCAGUAACUCGAGUUGCCAUUGUCAUUUUCAAGUUUCUGAUCAGAAUCAAGCAUUUUCAGACUCAUUAGCAAAAGUGAACGAGAAUCAAACACAUUUUGUAAGGACCUAACCCUGCUUUCUGCUCUUGUCACCAUUGGGUGGUUAGGACCUUACCACCCUCUAAUUAGACCAAAGUUACCAUAAAUAACAUAGUGGAUAACAUUGUAAAUAGACACACAUAGAUAUAUAGAAAUAUAUAUAUAUAUAUAGAAAUUAAGAGGCUAUAAGUGUAAGAAACUGAAGAAAUGUUUAUA